AUGAGCAUUCGACAAAGUCUCAUUCAAUAAUUUAUGCAUACUUUAUCUAGUUAGAGCCCAUAAUAGACUAUAAGUUUAUUGGCUUUAAUAGGAAUUGAAAGUGUACUUUAAGAAAAUGACAACAAAUUAGUUAGAGAACAAAUCACUCUUAUUAGACGAUAAAUAGAAAAUAUUCAAACAAAAGAUGAAGAACAUACUAUAAAAAUAGUAAAAUCAAAGGAAAGAGCAUUAACUCCAAAGAUUACAGAAUCUUAAGCUCCAACUCCAUUAAGUCACUAAAGAAAUACUGUGUCUAGACACCAUUUAGAUGAUCAAGCAAUGAGGAUGGCACUUAGUUAAUAAUAUGAGGAUACAGAAUAAUUGAGAUCUCCAAAAUCAGAAAUUUCUAAUAUGAAAACACCUAAAUAAUCUAUUCAAUAUUUUAUAGAGAUGAAGAGUUAGAAACCAAAAAGGGGACCAGAAAACAAAUUAAAGGAAUUAUAAAAUAAUUUAACUAGAGAAUUGAUAGCUGAUUAUUAGGGUGUGUUAGAGGAAAUUAAACAUAACCCAACAAAAUAUAUGGAUACUCCAGAAAGUAGUAUUUAGGAAUAACAAAUAAAGGAUUAUAUAAAGAUGUAAUAGUAGGUACAAUAAUAACAACAAAAAGUAGAAAUUGAAAGACAAUAAUAAUAAUAAUAAAAAUAACAAUCUUAAGAGUUUAAUUAAUCUUAGAAAGAUUUAUUAAAUUUGAGAAGGAGAACUGAAACUCAACCAGAUUAGAAAUAAGAAAGAUCAUGGUAAGUUUAAGAAAAAAAAAAUAAUUAGGUUAUGAUAAAUUACAAAUCAGAACCAAAUUAAAUUUAAAUGGGAACAAAGAAAAUGUAAUCAACUCCAUAAUAAAAAAAAGAGUAAAGAUCUCCAAAUAGAUAUGAAUAAUAAUUGUAAACAGAAAAUACUUUUUCUUUCUUUUAAAGAUAAAAGACUUAAGGAAAUUAAAUUAAUACUCAAUAAUCUAUUAAUUAUGAUAAACAUAGUGGAGGUUUAAAGUAGAUGGCUGAUAAAUUAAUAAAUUCACCUAUUAUAUAAUAAGUGUCUUUGAAAUCAGCUGAAAAUGUUUCAUCAGCAGGUAAAGAAGUUUAAGUUUCAUAAUUUGAAGAAUAAGGUAUUAUAUAUAAAUAUAUAAUAUAAAUAUAGAUUCAAUGAGUUCAAAUUCUAGUGCAUUUUCACUAUUUUAACCAAAUGAAGAAUUAAAAUCAUUUUUUAGAAAAGAAUUGAUUAAAGAGGAGAAUGAUGAAAGUAAAUAUUAUUGUAUAUUGUAUAUAGAUCAUGAUCCUAAUUGUGUGAAAUAUUCAAAUAUAUUUUUGAAAGGGAGAAUGGGAGGAUCAAAAGUGUUUUGA